UCAACAAAAAUCUUUCUCCCACACCCCCUCAUUCUCUCUCUCUCAAGCUCUGCAAACGAGAAAAUCUUAAUCUGUUCCAUUUUAAUUCCAAUUUCUAUGGUUUCUCUUCGUUUUUAUCCGAGUUUGCGAUUUAAAUGGAGCAGAUGAGGUUAAUUCUCAUCACUGUUUCUUCUUCUACGGCAGGUCGGCCUUCUCGAAUCAGAUGUUAAAUGUCAAAAACAGCUGAAAAUUAAAUCUGAUCAGAGGAGAAAUUCAAUGGUUCCACUGAUUCUCUUUGUCUACCUGUAGCGUAGACAAGAUUGUGGGAUUUCAAACUCCAGAAAACAAAUAGAUGGAUUUUGAAAGUUAUCUCUUGAGAAUAUAAGAAGUCAUGAAUGAAAAUGCUAGGUUUGGAGGAGGCCGUGAGCAUUAUGUUCAUGCAUAAUGCAUUGACAAUAUCAAAGAAAAUGAGGAAAACUUUUGGACUACUCUUUUGACGGUGGCAGUUUCUGUAUAAAUAGGGAAAGUCAUAUAAUUCUGCUGCCUACCAGAUUUUCACUCUCUCUCACUGUCUAUCUAUCGAUCUUUCCUGCUAUCUCUACCAACAUGUAUGCUAGAGAAUCAGGUUAUGGUAAUCAUUAUAAAACGGAUAAUCAUAAAGCUUUACGAAACCCAUCAUCCUCCUACUGUCAUAAGCCGCAAGCUGCGAUGUUGUCACCAACAACAGUAUUGACACCAGAAGAAGAUGCCGACAACAGUAGUAACGCUACAGCUAAAGUUUCAGAAAACGUGAAAGAGACAGCAUCAGUAGUGCUUGAGGAGAUCACACAGGCGUUACCUGAGAAUAAUCAUAAUGAACAAUAUCAGCAGCCGCCAUUUGAACAUCAACUUUGUGAUUUCACCGGAAAUGAUACGACCAUGGAGCAGAACUUUAAAUCGAAGGGUGAUAAGAUGAUGAGUAAAAAGUAUGUUUUGGAUGGAUGUAACCAGCUGUACAAUGCAGCAGCUGAUGGUGAUUGGGAAAAAGCUAAUAAGUUUUUCCAAAACGAUCCACAAGCAAUUCGAGAAGUGAUAACAGAAGAACUAGAAACACCACUUUGUAUUGCUGUAAGAAAGAAUCAUGUGAUAUUUAUAGAGGAGAUUGUGAGGCUCAUGCCACCUGAAGUACUGGAAUAUAAAAUAAAGAAUUCCAAUUUUACGGCACUUCACUUAGCUAUCCAGUAUGGAAACCUUAAAGCAACUGAGAUGAUGGUUAAAAAGAACCGGAAGUUGACUCAGAUACGCAAUCGCGAUGGACGGGUACCCCUGGCUUUUGCUCUUCUGUACACUACAGGUGCACAGAAACCGAUAGUUGAUUACCUUUACUCCGUAACUAGAGACGAGGACCCAAGUCCAUUCUUGGGUCAUUAUGGUGCUAGCCUGUUGUGUGAUGCAAUUGAUCACGAGUUUUACGAUAUAGCGUCGUCUCUUGUCCGCCGAUUUCCAGGAUUGGUUAGUACGAAGUCGAAGUGGUCUAAGCAAUAUGGGCUUGAAAUACUUCUCGAGAAGCCAUCAACAUUCUUAAGUGGAGCUAAGCUAACAUGGUGGCAAAGUUUCAUUUAUUCAUUAAUUCAAGUGGACAUUGAUGCUGCACAUGGCAAUGACAGCCAAUUAGAUGAUAAAAACUCUUGGGAAAUAGAUGAGGGCACUGAAUCAGACGAAGAGAACCCUUCACCGAGCAUAAUGAGGUCCGAUGUUGAGGAUGCAGGGAACUCUUCAAAGAGCUCAAGAGGCAGCAAAGAAAAUGAAGAUGAUCUUUCAGAGGGCUCAAAAGUCCCCUUAUCAACUAGUAAAGACUCGUCAAUUAUCAAGUCCAUUUCAAUCCUCUGCAUGCCUUACCUAAUGCGAGUGCCUCAUUUUGAACGAUUGUACAAGCAAAAGUUGUUGGAUAAGCAGGCCCUCGCAAUGGUGCAAAAUAUGUUGGAACAACUCGGCAAAACAAUGAACAGGGAAGAGAUAGCGGAGUUUUUUGACAGUCUACCGCCAUAAAGAUGGCUAUAAAGCAUGUAUACACUGAGUUUAUAGUGGCGACCCUUGAGAAAUUUAGUUACCUAAUUUUCCAGGAAAUGGGAGGACUAACAAUGGCACAGAUGGCUGUUCAAGAGCGAAAUGAUACUAUUUUGAAUUACUUAUGUGAAACCGCUGAUAUUAUGGGGGAGAAAAUAAGACUAUAUUCUAAAGAAGAUAAAAGUUACAACACUCUCUUGCACUAUGCUGCAAAGUUAGCGCCUUUGGCUAAACUGAAUUUGGUUUCUGGUGCAGCUCUACAGAUGCAACGUGAAUUACAGUGGUUCAAUGGUUUGCAAAGUAUCCUACUCAAGAAUAAAAGGUUCAGACCAAACAGAAAUGGAGAUACAGCUCAAUCUAUAUUUACAGAGGAACAUAAAGAUUUAGUGGUGAAAGGCGAGAAAUGGAUGAAGGAUACAUCUGGAUCUUGCAUGUUAGUAGCUGCCCUCAUCACUACUGUAGCAUUCGCAGCUGCUUUUACCAUCCCGGGAGGUAAUAUUAGUGACAGUAAUAGCAACAAAAACGGCACCCCAGUUUUCUUGGAAACAACAUCAUUUAUGGUAUUUGUGGUGGCAGAUGCAUUAGCUCUAUUUUCUUCAAUCACGUCAGUACUUAUGUUUUUAGCUUUAUACACGUCAAGAUAUGCAGAAGAAGAAUUCCACACGUCCCUUCCACGAAAACUUGUUAUAGGUCUUGGAACCUUAUUCAUAUCCAUGGCUACAAUAUUGGUAGCUUUUAGUGCAUCACUUUCCAUUGUGCUUGAAGAUAGGUGUGUCUGGGCACCAAUUCCUAUGGCAUUAUUUAGUUGUGUUCCUGUCUUACUAUUUGUACUGUUGCAGUUACCAUUGUUUGUUGAAAUUGUUCGUUCUACGUACUGGGGUAGCCUCUUUUUAAAACAUAGAUAUGUCCAGCCUAGAGUUGAUCAAUACAAUGGUGCUAAGAAAAAUAAUUGAGCUUUAAAUCAGGUUGUUCUGGCUGCAAAGAAUUGGGAGGUGUUAUGGAAGGUAUGCCCUGUAGUUGUACACUUACGUGCACUUUGCUGUGUGGCAUGUAGUUCUUUUGACCAAACUGCUCAAUUUACAUUUCUUUAUAUCGUAUGGUACUCCUGAACAUUUGCAAUUUGCUAUAUCCCUGUUAAUGAAAUCCAAUUUAUUCCACUAGCUUUGUUUAUGUCAUGUCAAUAUUUGUUGAUUAUCAAAUGUAGAUCAUCAUAUGCAGUGAUUUUUUUUUAUUUUUUUUUUGGAAUCUGACAUCAAAAGCAGAAACUGCAGAACUCUGCAAAUAUCAUAUAGCCUAGACAUUCAAUUUGUUGAAUGCGCAUACUGCAGAAAUGAAGCUUGAAUCAUGGAUUCUUCAGAUGCUGCCGCAAGUGUAAGCAGAAUUUGAGUUUCAAGUAACUUGAGCUCUUUUUCUGACCGCACCCUCAUAUGGUCCAGCAAAGUGGUAGUUUGGCUCUAUUUUAUAUGGCAAUGUUUGCCAAAAAAAGUCUUAGAAAAAUAGUUUGUUUCAUUUUUCUCAACAGGAUCUCUCUCCCUCAUUUACUCUCCGAAGCUCUGCAAAUGAGAAAUAUCUGAAUCUGGUCUGAUUUAAUCCCAAUUUCUCUUCGUUUUCGCGGGUUUGAUCUCUUUUUAUAUCCGGCAUUGGGAUUUAAAUGGAACAGAUUAAGUUAAUUCUCGUCACUGUUUCUAUUAAUAGGGCCUUGUCAAAUCUAAUAAUCUUAUACAAUUAGAUGUUAAAUUUCAGAAACAGCUGAUAUUCAAUCUGAUCAGAGGAGGAAUUCCAUGAUUCUACUUAUUCUCUGUAACUUGCUCUGUGAAUUUCUGUAAAAUUCUUCUUCUCGUUUGAUUCAUCUCGAUAAUUCGUAACUUUAUGAAUGUCUAGGUUUUAGAAAGAUUCUUGUGCCAAUUUUCUCAUGCUUUAGGCCUUGGUGAAUUUUUCUACGUAGUGCUUCUAUUAACAUUUGAGAUUAAAUAUUGGCAUAUGUAGGUUGAUUAUUGAAUUGUUUCUCUGUCUUGCUGAAUUUGCAGGGUUACCUGUAUUGUGGAAUUUCAAACACUAGAACAAAUUGAGAGGUGGUUGGUGGGAGAUGAAUUUUGGAAGCAGGUAGCUCUCAAGGUAACCUCUAAUCAAGAAUAACCUCUCUAUAGGAAUGGUUGUGUAUAAACACAAAGCUAUUCGUAUACGGACUUUGGAGGGGUUGACUGUAUUUUGCUUAAUUCACCAACAUUCCUUUUACUAGACUGUGGUUGUGUAUAUUGCGGAGCUUUCCAAAGGAAAUGGUAAUAACAGGGAGAAGGAUGAACAUAAUGAUUUCCAAAACCCAUCAUCGUCCCGCUGUCAUACGCAGCAAGAAGAAGAUACUGGCAACAAUCAUAAUGCUAUAGAUAAAGUAGCAGAAAACGUGAAAAGGACACCGUCGAUAGUGUAUGAGGAGACCACACACGCGUUAUCCGAUGAUUAUAAUGAACAAUAUCAGCAGCACCCACUUGACCAUCCACUUGGUGAAUUUACAGGAAAUCGUACGGCCAUGGAGCAGAACCUUAAAUCUGAGAGUGAUGAGGUGGUGAGUAAAAAGUAUAUUUUGGAUGGAUACGAGCAACUAUACUAUGCAGCAUAUGAUGGUGACUAGGAAAAAGCUAUUAAGUUUUUCGAAAAGAAUCCACAAGCAAUUCAAGAAGUGACCACAGAAGAACUAGAAACAGCUCUGCAUAUAGCCGUACACAGGAACCACUUGGUGUUUAUAGAAGAGAUUGUGAGAUUCAUGCCACCUGAAGUACUGGAAUAUAAAGCAAGAUGUUAUGAAUCUACAGCACUUCACUUCUCUGUCAUGUAUGGAAAUCUCAAGGCAGCUGAGGUGAUGGUGAAGAAGAACGGGAUGUUGACUCAGAUACGCAAUUUUGAUGGACGGGUACCCCUCGCUCUUGCUCUUAUGUAUACUACAGGUGCACAGAAAGAGAUAGUUGAGUACCUUUAUUCUGUAACUAGAGAUGAGUACCCAAGUCCCUUCUCAGGAUUGGUGAGUACGAGGUCGAAGUGGUCUAAGCAAUAUGGAUUCGAAAUACUUGUUGAGAAGCCGUUUACUUUUUUGAGUGGAGCUAGGCUAACGUGGUGACAACGUUGCAUUUAUUCAUUAAUUCAAGUGGACAUGGAUGCUGCACAUCGCCAUGACAGCAGAGUAGACGAGAAAAACCCUUGGAGGAUAGAUGAAGGGAACAAAGAGAAAAAGAUAACUGUUCAGAGAGCUCAGAAAACAGUGAAACAGACGGAGAGAACC